AUGUCUGGAGUUGGAGAAGGUGAGGGGUCCGCGGAGCAGCGGAUCGUGCAAGAAGAAGUGGCGCGCCUGGAGGCUGAACGGCUUCGCAAGGCGGGGGAAACUGGUGGAACGGCGUCGACGCCGGCGCCACCCGGUGACGGGAGCGGGACGAGCACGAUGGCCAAGGUGACGAGCGCGGCCGGUCGUAAGUCCCUGCGCCAAGAGAUGAUGGGAGAUCUCUGGGCUGAUGAAGAAGAAGAUGAGUUCAAGGACGCUGAUGAGGAGUGUGAAGAAGACGGUGCUCACGCGGAGCUGGGGCCCGAGGAGAAGAGGGCGUUGUCCGGCCCCGGGGAGCAACGGGAUGGUGACUCCGAAGAUUCGAGGAGUUUGCUCUCGAGGCCCGUGCUCUACUAUUCGAGUGGUUUCGGCUACGACGAUCCUGUGCCGAUCGAGACGGCGCAUUCGCGGCCGUUCUACAGGUCCUACGUGAAGGAAGAACCUGAGGAAGUGCCCUCUCGUAGCCCGAGCGGGUUCAUUGCGCCUGGCGCCUACGGUGGGUGGGGCACGGUCGUGAAGACUGAGCCGAAAGUCAAACAGCUAGUCAAGGCGGAGUCGAGCAAGACGGUGACUCUUGCCAAGACUCCGACCCCGGGCGCGGCGCCUGCGGCCAAGAAACAUUCGACCCCUGUGAACCUCGGUGGACCGAACCGCGCAUCGACUAUGUGGUCCCCGGCUCGCAGCGCGUACGACAUGUCGUCAAAGGUGUCCAACGUGAUGAAGGUAUUGCCGGUGUUCUACUCGGACACGGCGACGAUGGAGAAGGCUCGUGACUUCUGGGAGCUGUUCGAAGCUCACACGGCCCACCUGCCUGAUCAGUCACGGUUGCUGGUGUUUCGCCAGAAGCUCAAAGGGAGGCCUGCGGAACGGUGGUGGAACAAUUCUACCAUUAAGACUUUCGCUACGCUAAAAGUACGGUUCCACAACCAAUUCCUGAGCAGAACGGCUGAUGAGCUGUGCGAACGGCUACAGACUACGAAGCGUGAACGUGGUGAGUCCGUGGAGGAGUGGGGCGAUCGCGUCUCCGACCUCUGCGACUCGAUGGACUAUCCGAACCCGCAGAUGAGGUACCAGUUGUUCCGACGCUGGCUGCGCAACAAGCAUAUGCUCGCCACGCUCGACUCGGGCCCGGCACGAGACAUUCCCGAAGCUUGUGAGUGGCUGCUGGCCAAGGAAAUGUCCCGUCCCAUAGAAGAAGUAGACGGGUUCCUCGAAGACAAGAAGGUGGCGGGCUCGGCCUCGAGCCUGGCGACGGCGACGGUGGCCGCUUCCGAGACCUUGACGAAGCUGGACAAGCUCGCGGAGACGAUGACCACGUUCAUGACCCAGCAGCAGCAGUGGCAGCAGCAGAUGGUGCGGAACCAGUGGCAGCCGCCGCGCUCGCCAAGGAAUCGCGUGCCGAAUGUGUCGGCCACGACUUCGAGUCCGGGUUCGGGCGGGAACGCUCCACCUGGGAACGGUCGACCGCGAGGGAUUCUGAUGAUAUGCAACCUGUGUGGAGAACUUGGACACAUCACCGUGGAAUGCGAGGACGGACCCAGUCGCGGCCGGACCAGUGGUCAGGCUCCCGUGGCCAGGAACGGUGGCCGAGGGCCAGUGAAGUGCGGGUUUUGCAAGGAGGACGGUCACUCGUUUGCUGGGUGCCCCGAAGUGGCGGCGCUCCGAGGUCUGGCCGGUGAGGAUCGUGACCGUGACGAAGUGGAGGAGACGGUCUCGAAGGUGGAUGUAUGCAUGAGUGUAUUGGCGGAGCCGAACGGAACGGUACCAGCCCUGGAUGAAGUUUCGUAUGGAGAAAACAAGGACAAAAACGAGAAAAAGAAAGGUGAGUUUAUUGUGGUUAGUACGGAUGAUGAAGGAGAGGAUCUCGCGGUGAAGGUCGGCGACUCGGAAUACGGGACGAUCUACGAGGACUUGGCCAUCUUGGCGGCCGCCGCCGACACGACCGUCGCGGUGGGAGAGCUGGUCGCCUUGGCGGCCGACUUGAAGACCGGUGGAGUAGAGGAGGCCGAGCCGACCGAGGUGAAGGCCGAACCGACCGAGGAGAACGCGCCCGAGUUGCCGAGCGAAAAGAAGGACCCGGACGAGUUGCCGAAGGUCGCGUCGCUAAUGGAUCCCGAGGACGUGAGUGCGGAGGAGGUGCCGACGCCGUUCGCCGACGCGCCGCCACCGUAUGCCCUAGAUGACGAAGGAUACGACUUAUCGGACUGCUUGUUCUCGGCCUGGACGGAGUGA